UUUUGCCACCUCUCAAUGUUUUUUCUUCUAAAUUUCCUCCAAACUUUUGUUUGUGCUUAAAAGUGGGGUUCUUGGGCCCGGCCAGGCUGGGCACAUGCCCAGGCUCUGGCCCAAUUUUUUUUGGGUCUGAAGGUUAAAAAAAGUUCAAAAAAUAAAAGAAAAAAAAUCAGAAAGGGCAAAACAAAGAGGGGAAACGGGAAAAAAGAAAGGGUAAGAAAACGCAAGCUUGGAGUGGUCCACCACCACUGUCACCACCGGUGCGCCUCCCAACUCUCCGUCGCGCCUUCGCCACUGCCACCACUUGCGUGCCUCCCACCUCUCCGUCUCCUCCCUCCGUCGCCGUCGUGUCUCCCGUCUCAGAAUCCAAAACCAUUCUUCUCCCUCCAACUUCAAGCUUGAAUCUUUUCAUCUCCAUUCUCCAAGAUUCUCACACACUCAUAUUGGUCCGUAUCACAAGUUCCUGUUGUAAAUCUAAUGUCUCUUAUGCGUUGCUCCAAUUAAGUUACUGAUACAAUGUCACUGAGGCGUUUCUUAGGCUAUUCUGAUGGCGAGGUCAUGAGGUCUGAUGCAAAACCCUGUUCUAGACUAAUGAGACACACAGCUGGAAUCUUUAGUGUUGGUGGAGCAUUGGGAUUUUGGGUGCUUUGCAGAAUGCAUUAUGGUCCUCGAAUUACAGUUCCAAGGAGUCUUCGUUGGGCAGCAUGUGGAGCUGUAACCGUCAGUUCAAGCACAGCUUUGCUGGUUCGUUUGUUUAGUCCUGAAUGUGAGCCCCAGAAUAUAGCUGCUUAUGACAAUAAAAAGUAGUGUUAGUAACUCCCCUUUUCCCCCACAUACAGAAAUAGGGAAAUGAUAAAAUUUGGGAGCGUUGUAAGAAUGAAAUUGCAUUACUCUUUUAACUUUAUAAACUACAUCAGUGGGGCUACAAAUAUCUUGCAUCUAUAAGUUUUAUGGUAUAGAUGAACCUCUUAUGGCAUCCCGAGGCGAAAUUAGGCGGGUUACUUUCAUAAGUUUUGGAGCUAUUACACUUGCGAAAGUAUGUUUUGUACUUUAGUUUUUCUAACUCAUUUUUUAAUACUUCCAAAAUAGUUAUUUGUAAUUUCUAUGACAUGUUCAUCAUGGCUA